AUGGCUGAAGUUGCACCAAAAUCGGUACUAUAUUGUAAAAUUUGUUCAUGGCCGCCUGAAUAUUGUGAAUUUGGCUCUUCAUUUAAAAGAUGUCAAGCAUGGCUACAAGAAAAUAAUGAGGAUUUAUAUAAUCAACUUUAUUCCAACGCAAAUUUAUCAAAUCAAUUAUCGUCAUUGUCAAUUGAAAAAGAAGCAAAAUUAUCAGCAGAUUUAGAGAAGAAACAAGCCAAAGAAGAGGCAAAAGCUGAAAAGGAAUUAGCUAAAAAAUUGAUGAGUAAAAUUACUAUAAAAAGAAUUGAAAGAAAUAAAAGAAAACACAUAAUUUCAAUAUCAGGAAUGGAAGUUUUAGAAAUGGAUUUGAAAAAAAUUUGUAAGACAUUUGCUAACAAAUUUGCAACUGGUUCAACUGUUCAGAAGAAUGCUGAAGGUAAAAAUGAUAUAUUAAUUCAAGGUGAUGUUAGUGAUGAAGCAAAAGAAAUUAUUGAAAAAUUAUUGACAGAACAAGGAUUAAAAGAUGUUAAGAUAGAACAAGUUGAUGAUAAGAAAAUCAAGAAAAAACAAGCAGCUCAAACGCAAACUAAAUAA